AUGGUUGCUAAUACUUCACUUGCUACAAAUUCUGGGAGCAAUUUUCUCAUCAACAAUGCAGGAGCUAGUGCUAGUACUCAAAACUCUCAGAGUUACAAUGACAAUGUUGGUUUUGCAGACAAUAGUGGCCAUGGUCAGUCUUCUAAUGGACAUGAUACUAAUCAGAUCAACAAUGGUAAUGCAAAUGGUUAUCAUGGAAAUGGAAAUGGGCAGACGUAUAAUGCCAACAGAAAUAGUUACAGUGGACAUGGCAAUGGAAAUUCUAGAUCUAACUACAACUACAACUACAACAAUGGUAACAGAAAUGGGUACAACAAGAAUUGGAACAACAAUGGUGGAGGCAGGUACACUUGGAACAAUAACAAUGGUGGUGGAAGCAACUGGGUUAAUUUCAGCAACAACGAUGGUGACAGGGACAAUAAUGGUACAAAAAAUCAGGGUGCCUCACCAGAAUGCCAAAUCUGCAAGAAGAGAGGUCACAUUGCUACUACCUGUAAUUGGAGAAAUACAGACAAUUCAUUAGGGCUGGACUCGGGUCGGUUUUGCAAUGUCAAGGACUGA